UCCAACCUUGUUCCUUACUGCCUAAACUCUAGUCAUGUUAAGAUCAUAAAACCAAACCAACAGAAAAAGAGAAAACAAGUGAUCAUGGACAGGCUCAUCAGUUUAGAGCCAUCUAAUGUUGUUGUCAUUCGGGUCGAAAAUGGUCAAAAGUGUUAUGGUGAGCUAACUUUAAGAAAUGUUAUGUACACUAUGCCUGUGGCUUUCAGGCUACAACCAGUGAACAAGGCUAGAUAUACAAUAAGACCACAAUCCGGGAUUAUAUCCCCUUUGACCACUUUGACUGUUGAGAUAACUUAUGAAUUCAAUCAGAAUUCGAGUCUCCCGAAUUCAUUGCCUUAUUGUGAUGAUUCUUUCUUGUUACAUAGUGUGGUGGUUCCUGGUGCAGCUGUUAAGAACCCUUCAUCUACUCAUGAUUCGGUUCCUAGUGAUUGGUUUACUGCAAGGAAGAAACAAGUGUUUGUUGAUAGUGGUAUAAGGGUUAUGUUUGUUGGGUCCGUGGUGAUGGCUAGUCUUGUGAAUGAUGGAUCCAUGGAUGAAAUAAGAGAUGUACUAGAAAAAAGUGAUCCAAGUUGGAGAGCGGUUGACUCUAUCGAUGAGGAAGGUCAAACGUUGCUCCACUUGGCUAUUAGUCAAAGUCGAGCUGAUCUGGUUCAACUACUGCUUGAGUUUGAACCAGAUAUAGAGGCUCGUAACAGGUUAGGCUCAACCCCACUCGAGGCUGCAGUAGCCUCGGGUGAAGGGUUGAUUGUGGAGCUCUUACUAGCUCAUAGAGCUAGUACUGAGAGGUCAGAGUCAUCCACAUGGGGCCCAAUCCACCUAGCUGCUGGAGGAGGCCAUAUGGAUGUUCUGAGGCUUCUUUUACUAAAAGGUGUUGAUGUGAACAUGCUUACAAAAGAUGGGAACACUGCUUUACACCUGGCGGUGGAGGAGAGGAAACGUGACUGCUUGCGGUUGCUAUUAGCUAGCGGUGCACGAUCUGAUAUCCGUAACUAUGGAGAUGGUGACACUCCACUCCAUAUAGCUGCAGCUCUUGGAGAUGACUACAUGGUCAAACUUCUUUUGCAAAAGGGGGCAUAUAAAGAAAUCCGAAACCACUCCAAGAAGACGGCAUAUGAGGUGGCGGCAGAGCAAGGACACGCCAAGCUUUUUGAUGCACUUGGGCUCGGUGACAAACUAUGUAUAGCUGCAAGAAAAGGUGAAAUGAGAACCAUCAGUAGAAUUCUUGAAAGUGGAGCCUUUGUCAACGGACAAGACCAACAUGGAUGGACCAUUUUGCACCGGGCUUCAUUUAAGGGCCGAGUGGAAGUGGUCAGGUUUUUGAUUGAGAAGGGAAUUGAAAUCAAUGCAAGAGAUGAAGAUGGUUACACAGCCCUUCACUGUGCAGUUGAAUCUGGACAUGUAGAUGUGAUCGAAUUGUUGGUCAAAAAGGGCGCUGACAUAGACGCAAGAACCAACAAGGGUGCUACGCCUAUACAAAUCGCAGAGUCAUUAAACUACUCAGGAAUCAAAAGAGUGCUUAUUCAAGGAGGGGCCAGUAAGGAUGAACUCACACAUGUCAACAAACCCACACUAUCAUUUACAAGUAGAAGUGUUGGAAAAUCAGACAAGGAAAUGGUCUCAAUGAAGAAGAAAGGCACUCGAGCAAAAUCACUUUUCGAUCAAUCUACUGCAGCAUUGGUAGCCAUUUAAUUAACACACAUUUGGCUUUUUGAUGAUGAUUGAUGAGUUUGUUGUUUUAAUAGCAAGGUAGCAGAAAUUCAUAAACUGUUCAUUCUAGUAUAUUAGUCCCAAAAUUUCAUGCUUUAGUACUAUAUAUUGUAAUUUUGUAAGUAAGAUUCUU